ACCACGCUUCUAGUAUUUAUCAAGCUCACUGCGUACACGUACUAUUUCCAAACAAACCACAACAGAACAACCCAACUCAGCCCAACACCGAUUUUAUCGUAAUCCACAGACAAGUUCCGAUCCUCCAAUACACAAAAACCACAGAAAAAAUGUAUCCUUCUGCUCUGCACCCCACUGUCCCUGGUUACCAUGGUCCCGCUAACAGCACAGUUUCCAGCAUUUUGCCUCAACCCUGCAAUGGCCAAGCCAAUGAUGCUUCGAAGCUAAUCUCCCUUAUGCGCUCUAACACUAAUGAUAUUAUUGCCAUCAAGAAGAGCCUUGUUUGGGGCAGCCCGAUCUUGAGAUCUUGCGUGUUGGCUCCUUACCAACGCAGAUAUCCCACUUUUGAGAAGUUUCUUCGACAUGUGCAGCCUUUGAUCAACGCAAAUGAAGUAAAAGGUAAUCCGGCAAACGAAACAAAAGAAAUUGACCAGGACAAAGACAUGCAAGCCUUUGUUGACAAGCUUGUCAAUGACGAGUCCGACGACAACUUCUUUAUUCCCAGCAUUUCCCCAUGUUCCGCAGAUAUUGAAGCCUACAAGCCUAUCACAUGUUACAAUGAUUCUUUUGAUCUCACGGAAAGGUACGCCUGGGUGGACAAUCUGCUCGAGCAGCGAUCUAACAUGGAACAGUUCAAUUCCGCAAUCGAGGAUGACGGUAGUGACCUCGACUGUAUUCUUAACCCUUGUCUCAAUGGCCGGUUCGAGUUCCGUCCGCUUCCCAAGAGUCCAGUGCCUAAUAGACCAUCUUCUAAUGCAAUCCAGCAACUCGAAGAAUGGAUCGAGUUGGCGAAGUCACUUGCCAGACGAUUCGAUACUCCGAGCAUGCUUAGCAGUGCUACUGAGGAAAGCGAAAAUGAGUCUGAGGUUUCAAGACAUAAAUACCAGAUCAACAAUGAGAGUCCAGCCUCGCAACUGUCCUAUCUGCCUCACUUUCACUCGCCGCCGGCGUAUUCUACCGCAACCUCGACUCCCAUGCCAGUUCCCAGCGAUGCAGACUCAGACGAGAGGUACAAAUACAUCAGAGAACGAUUGGACCUUCAGACCGCGCGUAUCAGAGAGACUCGAAGAGAAAUAGAGGAUCUCAUGACAGACGCUGAUUGGGAAGCAAUGGCCAAACUUAGAUAUACGCCUGGUUACUUUGACCUAGAUGAGUAUGACGAAGAGGAAGAAGAAGGUUCGGAGACUCGAUCCAUCGAGUGUCUUCCCAGCUAUUCAUCUCUCCCACUUACCCAUCAUGCUAUUACACACCCUGCCGCCACCCGUCCCAGAGCAUAUGCCUUUUCCGUAUCUCCCACAUCAUUCCGCACGUCCUCAGUGCCCGUCACCGACUCUGAAGCAAGCUGGGGAAACCUUAACGCCGCUGAACUAAGCCUGUGGAAAUUUCGGCCCAAUGCUCCUCUCAUUCCGAAUGAUAAUCUCCAGGAGUGCACCUACUUCCACGAAGGAGUUCGCUAUGAUUCACCUUUUCCUGGAUACCGACCCGCGUCCCACGGCAACGCGUUGAGAAUCAGGUACGCUGCAUCUUCUGUGACUUCUGAAUAUGGAUCCGACGAUGAGAUUGACGUCGAUCAGCAAGUAGACGAUGAUCUUCCGAGCUUGGAAGAGACAGUCGCAAAGUACCUGCGAGGCCUAGAUGAUGAAGAAGCGGAGGACGAAAACCAAGUGAACGCCUCGGCUGACAACAAGAAUGAGCAAGAGCUUCAAGACGCACUCGCCGUCCUGACAGGUAUUGUAGACCGAACUACCGCUGCAGUCGCUGAACUUGAGCAAAUGCAAGCUACAGAUGACGCUGUACAUGGGCAUUCCCUUCAGAAACCCAAAGCGCAGUCCCGUGCAUCUUCCAAGAACCAUCGCCGUCAGCGUCAGCGUCGUCGGAAUCGUGCCCUUCGUGGUGAUCAUAACGAUCGUCCCCGACGCUCCAUGGCACGACCCGCUCCACAGGGACAACCUAGCUCAGGAAACCCAGGACGUUCCUCACCCGCGCCACUGUAUCUUGCUACCAACGACCUCGCGCCGGCGAAGCUCAAGCAUCCUCGCCCGCAGCGAAGUACAGCUCAGCCUGUGGCGGAUAUGGAGAAGAUUAGUAGAGACCUGGAGCUCAAGGGUGAUCGUUAG